UUGAAUCAUUAAUUUUUCUGUGAAAAUACAUUUUUUUUAAAGAGAGAUAAAAAUCAAACAGCUACAGUGGAUUAUGAUGACGUAAUGAUAUUAGUGUUUUCAAUUGUGAUUAUUAAUAUGAUAUUUACGAUUGAAAGUAACAAACUCUCUGAUCCAAAUUGUCGAUGUUUUGUAUUCGAUAGUGCAAUGCAUAAAUCUGGCAUUUUUAAAACACCGAAUUAUCCAAAAAAUUAUCAAUAUGAAUUAGAUUGUUUAUUGUAUUAUUUUCAUGGUCUAUCGACUGAAUUAGUCAAAAUCACGUUUACAACAUUUAAUUUAAGAAAGCCGAUUGAGAAGAAGUGUAUAGAUUAUUUAGAUAUAUUCACUACAAUAGAAUCAAAUGAUCACACUAUGCUGGAAAAUCAAAUAAUGAUGAAUGAAAAUAUGAAAUUGUCUUCAAAAUCUGGACAACCAAUGUAUAAUUUAUCAGUCAAUUUUCCUCGACCAGCAGAUUAUAGAUUAUGUGGAGAUUUAAAUGAUUUCCCACAAAAUGAUUUUUAUUCAGUUAGCUCUAUUUUACUACUUAUAUUUCACACAGCACCUAAAAUUCCUGGUCUAAAACGUAGUCAACAGAUGGGAUUCAUUGGUCAAUUUACGUUUGAUUUAAAAACUAAUUAUCAGAAUAAUGAAGGAAGAAGAAAAGAAAAUACAUUUUGUGAUUAUGAAUUUAGCCCUAUGAAAUUGUCCAAUAAAACAAUUAAAUAUGGCGAAUUUUUCUCACCAUUUUAUCCAAGUAAUUAUCCACCAAAUAUUAAAUGUCGAUUCAUUUUUAAAGCAGAUAAAAAAGAAAGAAUUAUUUUAACAUUUCGUUCAAUUCGAUUGAAAGCGAUGACAAAUGGAAAUUUGGGGAAUAAUCAUACAAAAAGAUGUAGUACAAGAAAUUCUAUCCCGGUGCAAAGUGACUUUAUUUCUAUAUCUGAAAUGUACAAGAAUAAAUCAAGAACAUUGGCAAAUCUGUGUACUAAUCUCGUCAAUAUACAACUUGUUUCACAUGGUUCUAUGUUGAAAUUAGACUUUGUCAGUCGUAGUCCUUUCUAUCAAGGUCAAGGUUUUCAUGGGACAUAUGAGUUUGUUCAUGAAUCUCAAGUUUUACCUUCUCCAUUUCUUAAAGAAGAUGAUAAUCAACCGGUUGAAAAUGAUGAGCAUGAAAAUCAAUAUCUGAAUUAUAAGAAUAAUAAAGAUAAAUUAGAAAAUUCAUCAAAUAGCAAUAAGUCUAAGCUGUUUUUUGCCGAUGCCGAAUUUACAUCUUCAAGAAAUAUGCAAUUUCGUGAAGCUGAAGAUUCAUCAUAUCUAGAUUACAUGAACUUUCCAUAUUCUAAUCAAUUCAACAAUGAAAUCAAAUCAAAUCAUGUACAAAGAAAAUUAAUUGUUUCCAAAGGUCCAAUAAAUCAUACUCAAGGCAUAAUUUAUUCACCUCGAUUCCCGCAACCUUAUCCAUCAUCAUUUAAAGCAAUGUAUACAUUUAUAGGUCAAUCUAUGGAGAUAGUUUUAGUUAAAUUCUUAUUUUUGGAACUUGGCAAUUCAAACAGCUGUGAAAAUAGAAAUAAAUCAAUGGGAGAUCGUGUACAGUUGUACGAUGGAAUGCACACAGAAGAUCCAUUAAUAAUAGAAUAUUGUGAAAAUAAAAUUGUAUACAGUAAUCAACAGAAAACGUAUACAACUUUUAAACCUGAGUAUUUUAUUUCAUCAAAAAAUAUAAUGACAGUGCUAUUUAAAAGUGAUGAAAUAUCUAGACCGAAUGAACUAGGUUUCAAAUUGUUUUAUAGUUUUGAACAACAAGAUCAGCAUCAACAACGAACUUAUGAAAAAGAAAAAUAUUUAACAAUCCCUGACCAAACUGUAAUUAAUCAUAAUAAACCGGUUAACUGUUCAAAGAUUGCAUUUAUUACUGAGAUCUAUUUAAUUCUGCCAAUCAUCAUAUGUUUCCAGUUGAAAGAAAACAGAUGACAUUUUAAAUUAAGAGUAUGUUUCAACUAGUUAACUGUUGUACUAAAUAUUACACAGGUCACCACAGCAACCAGCAACGGAAGGAUAUAAACAAAUAAAUGAAUAAUUUAUUUUUUAAUACUGAGUCAAGGAUUACUUUCCUAUUUACUACUUCUUCAGUGAACCCUAUGAAUUCUUUGAAAUUCUAGAUGAACGUCAUUCCUC